CGUCAGCUCUGUGGGAUCUUCUCAAGUUUUGACCAAUUCACACGCCGGCUGUCUGCUAUUCAUUUGACGUGGACAUCAUCUUGAAGAAGGCUCUGGAUUUUUAACUUGUAUCGGGAAAACAACACAAACAACAAAAUGCCUGGACCAGCAGCAAGUGCAACCAAUGUUGGGGCCUCGAGCCGUUCCCCCAGUAAGACUGUGGCCCCUCGCGCAGCAGGAUCCACAGUCAGGCAAAGGAAAGCCACCAGCAGUGGCACACGCAGCGGUGGCAGGACCACAGGAUCGGCGGGCACCGGUGGCAUGUGGCGCUUCUACACAGAAGACUCGCCAGGCCUCAAAGUCGGCCCGGUGCCCGUGCUGGUGAUGAGUCUGCUCUUCAUCGCCUCCGUCUUCAUGCUGCACAUCUGGGGAAAGUACACCCGUUCUUAAACUCCGCCUGACGACCUCUGACCCUGCGCCUCGGCUUCUUAACACAUUGGACCUGGACCAAACGA